AAAUCCUCUUGGACGAAAGAGCAUUCGAAGUACGCUGGGCCGUUGCAGGUGAAAGUAUCGUUUUACAACUUGUGGCGAAAUUGGAAGACGGAGAGUACAUGUCUUUUGGUCUUUCUGGAGAAGACCAUGCCAGUAUUAUGAUAGGGGGAGACGUGGUGGUGGCGUGGGUCAACAAAGAAACGUUCAAGGGAUACGCUGACGACUAUUACCUUGGAGACAAAUCGCAAUGUGCAGGGUACACGGGAUCAUGUCCUGAUCAAUUACUACAGGAUGGAACCGAUACCGUCAGAGUCUUGAAUGCAGCAUUGGUAAACGGCUAUUCCAUCGUAACUUACCAAAGAACCCUUCAUCCCCAUGAUCGAUUCGAUCGUGCAAUCUAUACCAACCAGUCCCAACCCAUCAUCUGGGCCAUAGGUCCUUUAGACUCCCGAAACCUCGUGUCAUACCACAGCAAGUACGCAAAGGGUAAUCAUUUCAUCGAUUUUGGGAGACCACCAAAGUGGAACUGUCCUAAUCCUGAAAGCGAACAAUCACGCUCUGCUGCAAGAAGAAAACCGAAAGAACAUUCCCGCCAAAGAAGUGAACCCCAUCAUCAACAACAACAACAACAACAAAUACAACAACAGCAGCAACAGCAACAGCAGAGGGUUUAUGAAGAACCUCCAAAGACCACCGAAUAUCAAAUACCUGAGACAACAACAGCCCAACCAGUUACAAGAAAAAAUCAAAGAAGACGUGGUGAAGCAAGAAGACGUGUUGUUAACAACGGUAACCAACUACCGGCACAGCCAGAAGCGCAAGCCGUUAACCAGGACGUAGAAAGGAUCAACCCUGCGCCUUCUACGAGAUCGAAACAAACAAUAAAUCCAACAGUUGAACUAGAAAGUUCAACCAAUCAACCACCUAUAAGAUCCAGACAAAACAGAAGAAGAAACAAUGGUGAAAGACACGAAGGAAGAAACAGAGCAAGGAAUGAAAACGUAGAAAGAGAAAAUGUAAGUGAAGUUCAACAACGGUCCAUACCGACACCUGCUCCAGUAUCUUUAGAGAAAAUUGUCCCAUGGACCAUUCCACAAAUUCAGUGUUACGAACCGGAAGAUGGUGUUUUCUACGCUCAAAUGGGACCAGCAGGAGGCAGGAAAGGAUACUCAGCAAUAACUGGUCACGUUGGUUGGGGUAUCGCAUGGUACAUCAACGGUCUCCUGAUUCCAGAAAUUAACGUCGUCAGAGGGAAAACGUACACUUUCGUGACAGAGGGAGGUGAUGAUGAAAACUUUAAUGCCAAAUAUCAUCCCUUCUACAUUACUGACGAUCCUAUAGGAGGGUAUGCUUACAAAACUGCAGAGGAACGAAAGACGGUACAUAUUUUCGCUGGAGCAGCUCAGUUAGACAAUGGAACGGUUAUACCGACCGGAACUGGAAGGCUAUGUCAUUGGACAUACAAGGGCGAUCUGGAUUCUGACGAUUAUCCAUCUUUCGGUGCGUUCCAACGGAAUCUCGAACUUAAAUGUGAACAAGGCGAACCAGGCUUCGUCCAAUGGACCCCGACAAAAAUGACUCCCGAUACCGUUUAUUACCAGUGCUUCUCCCACAGGUACCUGGGAUGGAAAAUAAACGUCUUAGACUCAUGUGAUGAAUUAUCUCAAGGGAGUGAGUUUCAUCCGGCCGUACUUCCUCCACCGCCAGGUUUCAAAGAAGCCGGGGAAGACGAUUUAGAAACAGAUGCUUCUUACAGGGUGGCAACCGUGGUCAAAUUACCGACCGGAUCUAAAAUCGAAUCCUACAGGAAAAAGAACUACGCUCUUGAUAAUCACAAAAAUAUUACAGAAGAAUCUCAACCCCUUUUCGAUACAACCCAAACUCAGCCAAUGCAGCACCCGGCAAUGACGAAACCAUAUUAUUCGAUUCCUUCGAAAAAUCGACUGCAUUUAAUAAGCAGGCCGAAGGGCGGCUCUCAAUACAGGAAAAGGUCACACGUAGUGAAAAAGGUCAUCAAACAUCCAAAGGACAUGCUAAUGUCCGAGCAAAGGCAAAACACUAUUAGCAAAAGGCCAGUUCUUAAAAUACACAAAAGGCCAAUCCCCUCUAACAUGAAUUUCCCACGAAGUAAAUCAAAACCUGAAAGAGAACUCACGCUAUUCAUGACUAAGGCGAAGGAACCUGCCGUGGAAUUAUCACCAAUUCAGCCAUCCACCGAAAAAAUGAUUGACGACAUCCUAUUAUCAAAAUACUCAAAACUGCAGGAAUCGUUACGCAAAACCACUGAGACUCCAUCAGCUGAAGAAUCUGUUAACAAAUACGUUCGUUUCAUUCCUACGAGUGUAUCAGAACCGAACACUACCACCCUGGAGUUCGCCGUCAACACGGGGUUCAACCCCCGUUCGAUUGUUUUCGAAAGAGGAUUUAUGCCGAUCAUGACGGAAAGGACUAAAACUAUAACUGACAUUAAAGGUCCAGAAAUAGAAAACGAAUCAGAAAUCGGAUUCCUCGAUAUACCAGCUUCGUCCGUUGCCAAUUUGACCCACAAAAGCUUCUUAAACCACAGAUACGACGAUAGCUUAAGCAAUGUAAAACCCUUUGAAGUGAGGAAAAAACGACAAAAAAGUAACUUAGGUCAAUAUCUUCCCUACGAAGAUAACAUGCCACAAUCGGCAGAUAACUCGAAAACAUAUUACUUACCCCCCAAUGGGGAAAGGAAGAGACCGGGAUCGGACGACCGCUCCUCCUCAAUUUUUAUCACUUAUGACGGCAAAAAAAUACAUGGUUCAACACUGACAAGCGUAGGGGUGGAUAAUGGACAAACAGUUUUAAAAUCGGCGAAACAUCCGAAAGCUGCCGAACUUCUCAGGUCUGGGCCUCAAUUUGCCCCAUUCAAAGGCGAUCUACCACCUUUGGACCCCAAAAUAAUUAAUUCGUUCGGCGCAAAAACACAACAGGCAACUUUGAACAGGGGUUUAGAAACACCCCGGACCGGUGAUGCCGGGGUCACGAAAUUAAAAUUAGUUCCUCAACGAAACAAAAGAUACGCACAUCACACACCUGAACACACGGCUGAACAAAUGGCAUCGGCCAAAAAUACCACCCUUAAUCGUAAUAGUAAUAAUAAUAAUAAUAAUAAUUCGUCGGGGGUAAAGAGCAGUGCAUCAUUCAUAACUAGCGUGUUUUCUGCAGUUGUAGUUGCAUUAGUAAGUUACCAGUUUUUGUAAAAUAAAAACAGAAAAGUAAAUUUUACUUUUUUUUACUUGAUAAGAGUGUUAUUUAAAUGUUAAGUUUUCUACGAUAAGUUAGAAUUGUUGUAAAUAGUCGAUAAAUAAAUUUUUUACGACCGACA